AAGAAGUUGACAGUUUGCGGCGGCGGGGUAAACAACUUAGGGAAAUGGAGGGGGAAGUAUUUCUUCGAAAUUGUGACGUAUAUGAUAGGAGACAAUCAUUUUCCAGCACAGUGAAAAAUUGUGCAUUGUGGCGAAAAGUAUUUGUAGAUAGUUGGUAGUUAUAUCGUGGCAUAAGAAAACAGCCGCCAGUGUACAAUGAUUGAGUUUAACGUAAUUGUUGGAGAAGGACGUAAACUAAGUUGACAGUAGUGCUUCACUAGCCCUAUGUUGGUGUCUCUAAUUUAAAAACCAACACGUCGUACCAUAGCCUGAAAAUUACAACGCCUGAAAGGACCAACUGUAUGGUAUCCUGCACUGAUAGCGUGUCAUCUGCAAACCAACUUAUGUAAAUGUUACAACCAUGAGCUCUUCUAGUCUGUCUUCGAGAGCAUCAGAGAAUGCCAAUACGACUUCUGACAGCAGUGUCUCUCCUACGUCUGCUGCAGACAGGGACAAUGUAUCAGAUGUGCCGCUGCUUUCGAACCUCCAACCGAAUAACACGAGCCGUUCGGAACGAGACAGUCCGCUACGAGCGGGCAGUAGCACUUCGAAACUGGACAAAAGGGGCACCACUAUUGAUGACCUCCCAGAUGAACUUGUGGUAGAAAUCUUCUCAUACAUGAGCUUCAGUGAAAACAUCGAAGUUUUACAGAAGGUGUGCACUCGCUGGAAAAUUCUGGCCCAGGAUGCUCACUUGUGGCUUAACAAGAAGUACGUUGUCAGGUGGGAAACGAGUGAAGAGGAGGCCAUCGCGACAUUUGACGCCGUGCCACAGCUACGGACUGUGAUAAUGGAGAAGGAUGUUUCACACAGGGUGUUCGAGGCUCUGUCCAGGAGCUGCCCGCACCUCACCACUCUGCAGACGAGUCCGUGGCAGAUGCUGACGUUCGCGGAAGCAGACAACCUGUUCACCAGUUGUAAAGAGAUCAGCACGCUGGCCAUUUCCGAAAGGGGUCUCCGCGAGGACGUGAGGUUCCUGGAGGCCCUAGCACGACUGACAGACCUGCGAGUGCUGCACCUGUACGCAUUUGUAAACCCGAAGAUGGCGAUACCUCUGCACAUUUUGGCUGACGUCUGCCCCCAUUUGUGCGACUUGAAUUUGGACAGCAUUUGCUACCAGAUUCGAGAUGCCGAGUAUUUUGUCAGUUCCCACAGAUGCGUGCUGGAGCGCCUGUGUAUGAGGUGGACGUCUGUUGAAGGAAGGAGUAUUGCCCCGCUGCUGCCCACUUGUGCCGAGACGCUGCAGCAACUCGAGCUGAUCUGCUACGAGAAUGUGAGCCUCGAGGAGGCUGCAGAAGCAUUCACCGCCCUGGGGCAACUCCACAACCUGAGGCAGCUCCUCCUCAUUGUCACCGACUGGGAUGUCCGACACUUGGUUCCUGCAGUGUUUGAGAAUGGAGGAUUGCCAAAACUGCAGCAGCUUCAGCUCGGUUGCAUCGUGGUGGACGAGACGAUGCGCGGCGUGGUGGAGCACUGCCCAGAGCUGCGGGAACUCGAAUUGCACAGUUGCGAGGGACAUACGGAUGCUCUUUUUGACACACUCCGCUGGCUCAAAAAGCUGGAAACAUUAAAAAUUAAUUCUUGUACAUGUCUUGGUGGAAAAAGCAUGUCAUACAUUGCUAAGCUGACUACAUUACACACCUUGGAGUUCACCUACACUAAAUUUGGAAAGUUAAAACCCGGUGUGGACUGCAUCCUCGAAAUGUCAGGGCUGCGCCGGCUUUACCUCCACGAGUGUAUCUGCUGGGCCAUACCAUUUGACAAGUUUCCUGGCAGACUGGUGAACCUCAGAGAGCUGGAAAUUGGUUACUGUGACGGAGACCAAGACGUCCUGGACAGAAUUACUGCCCAGAUGCCAGACCUGAGGGUGGACGGCAGCCUUGGCGCACUUUUCACAGAUCAGGAGGAUGACGACUAGUCACACCAUUAUCAGUGUCUACACACACUCAGUACCUGGAGCUGGGCAGCUGUGGGGCCAGCACAGAGCAAGAAGCUGCAUUUGUAUUCCACAGGUCUUGACUUCAGAAUUCGGCCAGUGCCUCCAUAUCUUUACUGUUCUCUGCUUCAGUAGGGCAUUGGAUGUCCUAAAUAAGAAAAUGGUAAACAAUGGUCAGUGUGACAACAGUGAAGAAAGCUUCAAAAUUACUAAAAAAAAAACUGCGUCUAAUCCAGUAAUUUUAACAUUUUAUUGUGAUAACAAAUCCAUAUUUGACAUUCACAAAUAUUUGUUCCGUAAAUGAUAUCCUGUCUAACUGAUAGUGUAAUAACUUUCUCUCUUCUUUGAAAUAAUAGCAUCUGUGUAUUUGUAUAAA